AUGCAGUGGCGAAAACACGUGCGCAUCAAGUACGGUGGUCGAGUCGGUGUCGGUCAAGGACAGCGGGAGCGGGAGCAGGUGCAGCUGCAGGUGCGCGUGGUGCAGCUGCAGCGGGAAGGGGGCGCACGACUCAGCUACGUCUGUCAUCAGCCUCAACUCUCGUCGACGGCUCGCCGCAGCUGCAGCGCAGCAGUCAUGCUCUGCUGCGGCCGCAGGAAAGAGGGCCGGGGGGAAGUGACAGACAUAAGCGCAAGUCCUGGGAGGCAGGCACCUGCCAACCAGUUGCGCCCCAAGGAACCACCCCCCAUGGUCAUUCAAGGAGACUUCAGGAAGGUGAGCGGGAUCAGUACAGAGAUCUUCAAGCAGAUCGAGACUGUCGAAAACGAUCAUGACGCAUCGACAGCGGCGGCCCUCGAAGCUGUUGAGCGGAGAGGCGAGAUGGUCGUGCGUGUCAUCGAGCCUCGGCAGAUGGGGAGACAGGCCUCCGAGGCGGCGAAAAAAUUUAUUGUUAUGCAGGAUCCUAAGCACCCCAUCCACUUUGUCGAGAUAAUCAAACGACCGGGACAGACCCUCGGCCUCUACAUACGCGAGGGCAACGGUGUCGACAGGAAUGACGGGGUCUUUAUCUCCAGGAUAGCCCUGGAGACCGCCGUGUACAACAGCGGCUGCUUGAAGGUGGGUGACGAGAUCCUGGCGGUGAAUCUGGUCGAUGUGACGCACAUGAGCCUGGACGACGUCGUGAUCAUCAUGUCGAUACCGAGGCGACUCGUCCUGGCCACGAGGCACGGUCCGCAUCAACCGAUUUCGCACAGCCGCCAGACUGAGCACAAGGCGCCGCCCGUGGUAGUCAUCAAAAGGGAUCUGAACGAGGACGAGAGUGACCACGCGACAAGUAAUCACGUCAGAGAUGGCAGUAGCCGUAGACGCGGCGACGGGCGCGAAAUGUUGCCGUCGCGAUCGAGACUCGGUCUCACGGGUUUGGGAUCGAGCCAGGAUCUCGGCUCGAGCAACGGCGAUCUGUACUAUAAUUCACGGCCAGAGGGUCACUGGUCCUAUCAACCGCCGCCGCCGCCGGUUAUCACGCACCAGCCGAAACCUUCGUCGACGCAACACUUUCAGCCGUACGAGCGCGGUUAUCCGAAGACACUGGAGAGCCUGGCCGAAAAAGUACACCCCUUCUACACGGGGCCCAUGAUGCCCUCGAACGGCGCCCGACGUAUGUCGGCGGGUGGCGGAAUGCAAUCAGUCGGCAGAUUGUCGGGCCAAACCACGCAGUCGGCCCAUUACGGCUACGGCCAGCACACCGGAAGCGGAAGGAUCAUGCCGAGGAGUGGUUCCGACCAGCACCUACCCCGAGUCGAUUACACGAGCAUCACGACGCCGGCGCGACAUACUCUUCUUAGAUCUAGUUUGAAAUCAGGUACGUCAGCAUUACGUUACAACCCGAGGUACGGUCAGACUGAUGUAACGUCCGCCGCGCAGAGACAAGGACAAUUCGGCACCUUGACGAGGCGGCAUCGACCGUCGUUGGACUAUGCCUCCGAUACCGAGGCUACGUGCUCUAGUUCACCGAAAUCAGCGUAUUACUAUUACAGGCACAAUAUGAGCAAUCCAUCUCAAAGCAGCGCCGUGUCGCAUUUAGCUACCCUAUCGAGGUCACAAAUCGGUCAGAGUUCCUCAGGUUUAAGGUCGAAUUCGCUACCACGAAGCGGUCGGACGUUGCCCCAGCAGCCGGGUCUCAGGUCGGGCCUCAGCACGGUCGCGUCGGGCCUGAUCGAUCAAGAGGACAGCGACGGCGCUCUCUCAGCGCCGGAAUUGCCUUCCAUCAGGCGUGACAGAGGCAGGAUACCGUCCUCACCGAGUGUAUUCACGUCGGACGAGUACCGCGCCUGGCUGAGCCGCACGCCGAGUACCAGCGCCCUGUACGAGCAGAUCAGGGCGACCACAAGUAGACCACCCCGUUAUACAUACAGCGCCGAGAACAUUCAUGCAGCCGUCAAUCAGGGUGACUACGGCACUUACGGUACGUACAGGCCGCUCUCGACCACGCUCGAUCGCCUGUCGACGAGAUCGGCCUCGGCCCAACAGGUCAAUCUCGCGAAUCUGAGAGCGUCGACGGCGAUCAGUUCAACGUGCCAUCGCGGUACAACGAAUCCGAGGCCGGCCUCGGUGGCCUCGAGCGCGCGCUCAUCGCUGGCGGCCCAGAAAGCGUCGCUGACAAGCUCCGCGAGCCAACGGGCGACGUCGGUCAGGAGGAUCAGGAACCUGUUGGAUUUGGAGUCUACGAGGAGCAUACCUACCCCAACGCCUACCAGAACUCAGGGUCAAAUACUGCUAGAUAUUAAUCCUGCGGAGUUCCUCAAGUAUAAGAUAGAGAAGCCGCCGACAGUGGGCACGCCGAGCUCGACGAGCUCGCUUUUGAGCUCGCUCGGGGAGACGACCGGCGGCGACUUGACGAGCGGAGUCAGCGGAUUGUUAUCGGUUCAUCUUUUAGCGGGGCGUGGUCUCCGAUCGACUACGACCUCAUCGGCUGCCACGACACCUUCCACUCCCUCAGGUCAGCCGAAUUUAGCUAGUUGCGGCUUGAGAGACUUGUACUGCGUACUGGAGUGCGACAGGGUGCACAAAGCGCGCACGGUGGUGCGAACCGGCGAUCUGAUGUUUGACUGGGACGAAACCUUCGAGCUGGAUCUCGUAGGCAAUCGGCAGCUGGAUCUGCUCGUUUACUCUUGGGACCCACAGUACAGGCAUAAACUCUGUUACAAGGGAUCGGUGCAUUUGGCCAGUCUACUGAAAGAAUCGCCGGAACAUCAGCUGGCCGUCAAGGUCGAGCCACGUGGCACAAUUUAUCUAAAACUUCGAUACACCGACGCCCAACAAACUUUCCGUCGAAGGGGUCUGCCGGUCAUAUCCUUAGCCACGAGGGUAGCGCCUCUCUUCGGAGUUGAUUUGGAUACAGUGGUAAGUCGAGAAACCAAGACUGGUGGAGUUCCCGGUGGAGUUUCCACAGCUUUAGCAAUGGGAGUCCCGAAUAUUCCGAUUAUCGUGUGGCGUUGCGUCGAAGAGGUGGAGAGAAGAGGACUUGACAUUAUCGGUCUGUACAGACUCUGCGGCUCAGCGACCAAGAAGAGGAUACUUAGGGAAGCUUUCGAGAGAAACGCACGGUCCGUGAAUUUGUCGCCCGACAACGUGCCGGACAUCAACGUCAUCACUGGUGUACUGAAGGAUUAUUUGCGAGAACUUCCGGAACCUCUCUUCACGAAGUGCCUCUACCAGAUGAUGGUUGACGCACUGGCUGUCUGUUUGCCGGACGACCCGCAGGGCAACGCUAAGCUCAUGUUCAGUAUACUAGAUUGCCUGCCUAAGGUCAAUAGGUGCACGUUGAUUUACUUGCUGGAUCAUUUGGCGAUGGUGGUGUCGCAGUGCAAUAAAAUGUCACCGGCAAGCCUUGCCGUUUGCUUCGGGCCGGUAUUGAUGUUACAUUCGGAAGAAAGCGGACCUCCAUUGGAUUUCCAACAGCCGAUCGCCGUGCUGAAGUAUCUGUUGGAGAUUUGGCCGGUAAAGUCAGUUCGGAAGACUUCUUCAGUCGGUUCAACACUUCCUCGAGUUACGCCAGUAGUCGAGCGCAGCAACAGUCAGCAGCAUCUGCAGCAGGCGCAGCAGCAAGUGCAGCAGCAGCUGCAGCAGCAUGUGCAACUGCAGGGAACAUUGGGACGCACAGGGCUGCCUUGGCAGCAGCCACCCUCACUUCAUCAUCAACCCCAAACUACGGUGGCCGCAGUCCUCGGGCCCUCCAUUCGUCCUCCACCACCGGUCAAGCCUCGACAGGUGAUAGUCUCGUCUCCCGGUUCACCUAGCAGCGAGGAGUCAGAGGCCUCGCCCGAGCCGAUUAACAAGAGCCUGCUGGGCAAUCUGGGGUACGAAAAGAACGACGAGACGGCGACGACGACGACGACGACAUCGAGCACAACGUCGGGCGGCAUGAGCGUCGGCGCCGGCGCCGGUGCGGGCGUCGGCGUCGAGCAGGUGACGCCUACGAGCAGCGUCGACACCGAGGAGGGUAAUCCCCAGCAUCCCGAGGAGGGCGAGAAGGGCGUCGAGGGUGACGUCGAGGCGAGCGACGACGAUCGACAUCAGCAUAUACCCAAGACGCACUAA